AUGACCUCCAUCCGGAGCGCGGGGGGCGCGCUGCCGCCGAUCCGGCUGGCGGUAGAGCGCGCGCGCCAGGAGGUGCUCCGGCGCGAGCUGGACGGGUGCCAGCUCCUGGCGGGCAUCUGGUGCCACGGCUUCACGGUGGCGCAGCUCCGGAGCAUCCGCGCGUCGCUGCCGCCCACGGCGCGGCUGGUGGUGGCCAAGAACUCCGACCUCGCGGCGGCGGUGGAGGGCACGCGGUGGGCGUCGCUCCGCCCCGUCGCCCGCGGCAUGAACGCCUGGCUCUUCGUGCGCUCCGACGAGAUCCCGCCCGCGCUCCGCCCCUACCGCGACUUCCAGAAGGAGUGCAAGCUCCAGCUCAACGACUUCACCGGCGCCGUCUACGAGGGCCGCCUCUACGGCCCCGACGACUUCGCCAAGCUCGAGGCCAUGCCCACCAGGGUCCAGUCCUACCAGUACCUCCUCGGCUGCCUCCAGAUGCCUGCCGUCUCCGUCCUCGCCGCCCUCAGGGCACGCCAGGAGGCCAUGGCGAACCCGCCUGCCGAGGACGCCGCGCCCGCCGCCUCGGAGCCGCAGGAGAAGUGAUCAAAGGUUUCUCUGUUACAACACUUGCAGCUUAAGAGCAGCUCCCUUCUUUCUUUCUUUUUUGCAGAUUUUGAAUCCAACAAUGUAGUGGACAACACCUAGAAAUUCAUCAUAAAGGAUCCGAUGUAUCAUCUGUUCAUGACCUGACAUUGGAAUGUGAAGAAAUGUCUUGCUCAAAUGCCAAUGAUGACGAUUCAGACUUUAGUUUGUACCAGCAUUGUAUUGCUAAAUUUUUUCCAUCUUCUUCACUUGUGUGAUUAUGAACUAGAGCGAUUCUGCGAGGACGUGUUGUGGUGUGUACUGAUCCGUCGACAUCACAGUUUUCUUUGU